CUCUUGAUCGAGCCCUACCGUACCAAGGUGCACUGCGCUUCUCUCUCGUCUCAACUGCGCACACACUCUCUCGCUCCCCCGUCUCUAAUCUACAUCUCCGUCUUACGGAUGGAAAUCGCCAAUUCUAGCGAGGGGCAAUCAGUCUUCAUCUAGCAUACUGCGUAGACUGAACCUCUCCGUUUCUCUUGGCGGUUCUUGCCGUAGAAUGGAUGAUAAGAAAAGGAAAUUUUUCAAGAGGCAUCCUGACAACCAGUUCAAGAGAAAAGGGAGUAAUAAGAGAGGAAGAUGGAACGAUUCUAGCCAUGAGCGUUAUUUGGGGAAUGCUGAAUCUGCUGAUACAGUCUAUCGAGUACUCUGCCCUUCUAGGAAAAUUGGUGGUGUUAUCGGAAAGGGGGGCGGCAUUAUCAGAGCCCUAAGGGAAGAGACUCGUGCAAAGAUCACCGUUGCUGAUUCUGUUGCGGGUUCGGAUGAGAGAGUAAUCAUCAUCUAUAGCUCUCCUGAAAAUAUUUCAAGGAAACAGAAUAGUGAUGAGGAUUCAGCUCUAGAGAAUGAACAACUGCGCAUGGAGCCACACUGUGCUGCCCAGGAUGCCAUCCUAAAAGUUCAUGACAGGAUUGUUGAGGAAGAUCUUUUUGGUGGAAUGGCAUCUGAUGAUGAUAAUGAAGACAGUGUUGUUACGGCACGCCUUUUAGUCCCUAACAAUAUGGUGGGGUGCCUUCUGGGAAAAGGUGGAGAUGUUAUUCAAAGAUUGCGAAGUGAGACAGGUGCAAGUAUUCGUGUUCUUCCUUCAGACCAUCUUCCUCCCUGUGCUAUGAGCACUGAUGAACUCGUGCAGAUAUCUGGAAAACAAAUGCUCGUUAAGCGGGCUCUAUAUGAAGUGUCCACUCUAUUGCAUCAGAAUCCACGCAAGGACAAACCUCCUAUUGGUCUUCCUAUACCUCAUGGGGGCCAAAAUUUCCAUACUUCUGGCGCACCCAUUCCAAAUAUGCCCCCUCCAAGAAAUUCCAUGUACCCACAUCGGAAUUCUCCCCCCCAUGGAGUGCCGCCUAUGCCUUGGAUGGGAGGAUAUGGAACUCAGCCUUCUGGAUUUGGACCUGGUGUUCACCCUGGACAUGGUGAGGAAGCUUCAGCUGAGUUUUCGAUGAAAAUUUUGUGCCCAGCUGGGAAAAUUGGUGGGGUGAUUGGCAAGGGAGGCUUUAACGUGAAACAAAUACAACAGGAGACAGGAGCCAGUAUUCAUGUCGAAGAUGCUUUAAUAGAGUCAGAUGAACGCAUAAUUCGUGUCUCUGCUUUUGAGGCUACUUGGAACCCAAGGUCGCAAACCAUCGAGGCAAUCCUUCAGCUACAGAACAAAACAAGUGAAAUGUCUGAGAAAGGUACUGUUACUACUAGACUACUUGUUCCUUCCAGUAAGGUGGGUUGCAUCCUGGGGCAAGGAGGUCAGGUUAUCAAUGAGAUGAGGAGGAGAACCCGGGCAGAUAUUCGUGUUUACUCCAAAGAUGACAGGCCCAAGAGUGCAUCUCAAGAUGAAGAGCUUGUACAGAUAUCUGGAAACAUUGGUGUAUCAAAAGAUGCUUUGGCAGAAAUAGCUUCAAGGCUUAGAAUGAGAACCCUAAGAGAUUCAAAACCUGGAGCAGAACCUGCUCAAGGUGGAGCUGUCCGGGGAUAUGGCGCCCCUGGAAGGUUACAUAGCGGUGGACCCUCACCACCUCGGCCAAUGAGAGCUGGCAUUACUGAUGGAUAUGAUCACCCAAGGGGUGAUCGACAAGAAUAUGGGCGUCAGAGUUAUCCAGUACCUCCUGCUGCUACUGGAUAUUCCAAUAUAAACCACACUGUGGAUUCUAAGGCGACAUACAACCUAAUUGGCUCUGCUGUUGGUGGUGGGCGUAGCAACAUCUCAAACAUUGGUGAGGAUUCUGAAGCGAGAUUGAAGCUACAAGAAAUUCUAUCUGGUGGCUCUGAUGGCAGAGUUGAGAUUCAUGGAUCUUCUGACCAUUUCACGGCCCAACAAGGAGUUGUCCAGUCUUACACAGCUUCUGCUGGACAAAGCAUCAAUUUUCAUCAAACCUCCUACCCGAAUAUGAGUCCUUAUCAAAACCCACGUUCUCAACAAAGCCACGGUGACAAGGUGAAUGCACAGGAAAGCCCCUACCAAACCAUGAAUGCACGGCAAAGUCCCUAUCAGAACACGAAUAUGCAGCAAGGCUCUUAUGUGGUUAAUGCUCAGCAAAGCACCUACCCAGGUGUCAAUGUUCCUGAAAUUGCCUACAAUAACUUAAGCGCACAGCACGGUGCCUACCAGUACUGACCUCUUGUUUAAACAUUUUUGUACAAUAUCUUGCCAUCAAGUCCUCGUAAUUCGAUAGUUAACAGUUAUUUGUUUGAUUCUAAAUACAUUCUAGAGGUUAUUCAAGCUGUUGUAGACAAGAGAGAUCUCCAGCUGUGAUAUGCUCACUAGCUAUAAAUGUUUUCGUACUGUACUGGCAUAUUGUUCACUAUCCUAAAUCUGGAUUUCUGUAGACAAUUCAGAUGUUA